GAGAUUCUCUGUGUAGUAACACUGGUUAUGUGUUGCUGAACUUGCAAAAUGUCAAAGACCCAAAUACACAUUAAUGUUGUAAUUAUUGGCCAUGUGGACAGUGGCAAGUCAACAACCACAGGGCAUCUCAUUUACAAAUGUGGUGGUGUGGAUCCCAGGACCAUUGAGAAGUUUGAGAAGGCUUCUGCUGAGAUGGGCAAAAGCUCCUUCAAGUAUGCCUGGGUUUUGGACAAGCUGAAGGUUGAGCGAGAGCGGGGGAUUACCAUUGAUGUGUCUCUGCUGAAGUUUAAUACGCAAAAGUUUUCCAUCACGAUCAUUGAUGCCCCUGGUCAUCGUGACUUCAUAAAGAAUAUGCUAACUGGAACAUCCCAGGCUGAUGCUGCUGUGCUGGUGGUGUCUGCUGCCAAAGGGGAAUUUGAAGCUGGUAUUUCUAGAAAUGGGCAGACCAGAGAGCAUGCUUUGCUUGCCUACACUCUGGGGGUCAAACAGCUCAUUGUCUGUGUCAACAAAAUGGAUGCAACUGAACCGCCGUACAGUCAGAAGCGCUUUGAUGAGGUGGUGCGUAAUGUGACAGUCUUCAUUAGGAAGAUUGGCUAUGACCCUGCAGCUGUGCCAUUUGUGCCAGUCUCUGGCUGGAAUGGGGAGAACAUGCUUGUUCCUUCUCAGAAGAUGCCAUGGUUCAAAGCAUGGAAAAUCAAACGAAAGGAAGGACAUGCAAAUGGUAAAACGUUACUGGAAGUCCUGGAUGCUAUUUUACCCCCAGUGCGCACAGUCAACAAACCCCUCAGACUACCCCUCCAGGAUGUUUACAAGAUAGGAGGGGUUGGAACUGUUCCGGUGGGGAAGAUCGAGACAGGUGUGCUGAAGCCUGGCAUGCUGCUGAAGUUCUCUCCAGCUAAACUGACAGCUGAGGUUAAAUCCAUUGAGAUGCACCACCAGGGUAUCCAGACAGCCUUCCCUGGGUAUAACAUUGGCUUCAACAUCAAGAAUGUGGCUGUGAGGAACUUGCGGCGUGGAAAUGUGGCUGGUAAUGCCCAGCAUGACCCUCCCCAGGAUGUAGCCAGCUUCAUUGCACAGCUUAUAAUUCUCAACCACCCUGGCAUGAUCAAAGUUGGCUACUCACCAGUGCUAGACUGCCACACUGCUCAUGUUACCUGUCGCUUUGCUGAACUCCUGGAAAAGCUUGACCGCCGUACAGGAAAGAAGCUGGAGGACUCUCCCCAGGCUUUAGUGUCUGGAGAUGCUGCUACUGUCAAGUUGGUUCCAAUCAAGCCCCUUUGUGUGGAGAGCUUCUUCAGCUACCCUCCUUUAGGUCGGUUUGCUGCCAGGGACCUGAAGCAGACUGUGGCGGUGGGUGUAAUAAAGUCUGUGGAGAAAAUUGACCAUGGAAGUCCAAAGAAACUCCAGUCAAAGUCUCAAACCUUCAAGUGAGCAAUAUUGACAAUGGGCAUCUACUGAAGCUUUAAGUUGGAGUUUUUUUUUUUUCCCCCUUUGCUUCCCUUGUAAAUGGGCUUCUGAGUUUACUAAUGGAAUUACAAGGUGCAUGGAUUAAAAAGCAAAA